AUUGGCGCGUGACAGAACGAGACGGACAUUUGCGUGGCGGAGAAGGAGGGAGAGGCUCUGAGCAGAAGACAACGAUCGCCAUUUUUCUUCUGACGUUGCCGUAGUUAGUAUAGCUGCUGUGGCUCGCACCACUGUGCUUAUCCGUGUAGUGAUCCGUGUGCCUCUCUCUCUCUCUCUCUCUCUCCUACCCCCUCUGUCACUUCCAAAAGGUAAAUCGACGACGACGGUAACGUGGAGAAGGAGAGGUAGAGGAAGAAGAAAGAGGAGGCGGUGGUGGAGGGAGCGACGACGACGACGGAGCGGCGACGACGGCGACGACGACGGCGGCGACGGCACCUGGACGGUCACUGUGUAGUGCGCAUUAAGAUAAGAGUGCAGAGAUAACGAUAAGACGGACGAUCAAACGUCAGUGCUAGAUCGUGACGGCAACGGCAGCGGCGACAUCGGUGGCGGAGGAAGAGGAGGAGGAGGAGGAGGAGGAAGAAGAAGAAGAAGAAGAAGAAGAAGAGGAAGAGGAAGAAGAGGAGGAGGUGGAGCAACAGCAGCAGCAGCAGCAGCUGUGUGACGGGCGCCUUCGCGCGAACUAUCCAAUCGUCUGUUGCGCACAAUCGGUGCGGAAAGAGAAUUCGCGGUUUUGACGGACCAUCCGAGAAUAUCGACGAGGUGACGGCCACGGGAAGUCGCGGUGGUAACGACGACGAUAAGGACAAGGACGACGGGGGCAACGACGACGAAGACACGCUAUAUCCGUGUACGACGGCCCAUCAACGCAGCAAUAGGCAUUGCUUGUCCAGGUGCCGCGUAGGUUCCUCUCUCGCUCCGCGACGACGACGACGACGACGAGGUGGGGCAUCGUGCUCGUCGUUGGUUAUCGUAUUGCCGUGCACGGUGCACACGGUCACGCGCCACCGCGUACGUCGGCAGCAGCGCCACCGGGAUGGAGAGGCGAGCCGCUUUUGUGCUGCUGGGGAUGCUAUAUUUAGCGGUGGGCACCCUCGUCACGGUCCAGGCAGUGCAAUAUACGGGGCCGACGAUCGUGCGCGAGGGACAAUCUUGGAACAUCGAGUGCAGCGAUUUGAAGGACGAUGAUCUCGUUAGAUGGACCAGGAAUGGUCAGACGUUGGAACCUGAGUUGUCCAGUGGCCAGCUAGUUGUCUUUUCAAAGACCGAUGCCGGCAGCAGCAAACUCUCGGCGUCUCAAGCGACUGAGAGUCACGAAGGAGAUUACAAAUGCACCUCCGACAGUCCGGAGUCUUUCCACCUGUCAUUAUACUUUGAUGUUAAGAUUAGAGUACUUAUGGCCAGAGACAUACCUUUGGUGCUCGAAUGUGCAAACAGAAGCGCCGGCGAUAAAGUGCAAUGGCUGAAGGACAAAACACCGUUAAGCACGGCAUUUGCUGGCAACGAAGAUAUCAUCAAGAUUGAUAAUGAGACUGGCAGCCUGGAAAUUUUAAAGGAUAAGGAGGAAGCUCAUGGAAAUUAUACUUGUAAAGCGGCUAACUCCACAAUCGAAUACAGAGUCGUACCAAGGCCAAUAGCGCAUCUGGCUGAAUCUACCAGUGUGGUGGAGGGUGAAAAGCUACACUUAGUGUGCAGCAGUCUUCGGCAGACCCCUGGCGUAAAGAUAUAUUGGACCUUCGGGGAACAAAAUUAUACGCGCAGCAAAGGUCGCGUGAAGAUUACCAAAGAUCAAGAGAAGGGUAUUUAUGGCGCCGUUCUGAUUGUUGACAACAUCGAGAUGAACGAUCGCGGUAAUAUUAUCUGCAGAAUGUCGUACAAUUGGUCUGAUCCCGUAUUGGAACAUUCAUCUGAGGCCAAGACAUUCCUCAGGGUGAAGGAUAAGCUUGCUGCACUCUGGCCAUUCUUAGGCAUUUGCGCAGAGGUUGUUGUUCUAUGCGCCAUUAUUCUAGUGUACGAAAAGAAGCGGAACAAAGCCGAACUUGAAGAAUCCGAUACCGAUCAAAGUCCUGAUACCAAACCGACACCUAACAAGGAAUCCGAUGUCAGGCAGAGGAAGUGAAACAGCAAGUAAAUAAAUUAGAACGAUACAAGUUGGAGAACGGGGUCGUCAUGUGUAGAAAGCUGUAAUGGAAAUCUGUAAAGACAACGGAACACGGCUUUUGAAUGAGAGAGAGAGAAAGAUGUGUCGUCAUAAAUGUGGAACAAACACUGCAAAAUGGACAGCAGCGAGCUUGAGUGGGCCAUUUAUAGUGCGCAUCUGUGUGAAAACAGGCGUGUGCAGCAGACGCGUACAGAGCAAGAUCACACAAGUUACUAACAAAUUAAAUUAAGCCUUAUUACGGGGGUGUUCACUCCGAUUUAUCAGAUAUUCGCCUGUUCGUAUUCUUUAAUUACACUGCUUUAACCAAGAGAUGUGUCGAGUUAUGUACAAGUGCCGAUGAUGACACGAGUGCGUGCCAGAGAAUGGAAGGUAUGUGUGCGUGUGUGUGUAUGUGCGUAUGUUAUGUAUGUACGAGAAAGAGAGAAUAAGAAACAGAGAGAGAGGGUGGAGGAGAGAGAGAGAGAGAGAGAGAGAGAGAGAAAUAAUGCAUGUAUGCGACAAGCUAACAAAUAAACAGACCGAUAGAUU